CCGUGCCGCUGUAGCUGCGCAGGGAAGCGGGGCCGCAGGUGGUCGUGGGUCUUGUGCCAAAGCGUUUUGCAGUCCAAUUCUUAUAAAGCAAAAGCUUCUAUUUUAAGGACCAAUUGUUGGAAUCUGGGACUACAUAAACACCAAAUAUUAUUGAAAUAUACGUAAGAAGCUGUCAUAGAAUGGAGAUAGUUUUAUGGAAUCCUAAGUGGAUUUUGUGAAUGGAAGGAAUAAGGGGCCUUUUGGAUACUGCUACUUUAUUGUUUGCAUAAGAAGGAUGGUGAAACUAAUGAUCAAAGUCACUGCACAAACCAAGACAUCACAAGCGUAGCUUGCAAGUGUCUUUACUGAUUGAGAAGCUAAAAUUAUUUUCUACCUUUGAAAGCUGGAAAAAUGUUCAGAAACAACUAUCAGGGGGGGCCGUUUGUUGAAAUACUCAGUGCUCAAGGCAAGAACCCAGGAACAAAAUGGAAGAUUUUUGGCAACCCAUCAGCUAUAUCGAAAGAAUAUGACAGAGAACUAAAAGGCUUUGUUUUUGUACUUGAAGGAAAUAGUCUAAUCAACAAAAUGAAGCUACCAAGGGAAACCAAACAAACUUUGGGACUGGUGCAGCAAUUUCUGACACUUCAGAUUUUUGUGCCAUUGGGAAAAGACUUCUCCACUGAGUUACUGAUAACUGAUUUUGACAAUAUUAAAAGAAGAUUGUAUUUGUCAACGGUCCACAAGGUGUUGUCUGUAACCCCUCUGCAUGCAAAGAUUCCUCUGUUUAUGAUCAAGCGCAAAAUAUGGUGUAAUAUGUGUAUUGACUUGGUAACAUUUACCUAUGAAAUAUUCAGAGGAGCUCUCUUCCGGUCUUUGGAUGGAAUUAUAAUUUCAGCUAACUGUAAGCUAAGAAAGAUCUUCACUUUAAAAUUCAAGCCGCAUGAUACAACUGGAGAAGGUACGUGCAUUGUUUCACCUGGGCCAUAUGAGGCCUCAGAUGAUAUUCCUCCAACCUGCCAGCUCAAUUCUGAUGUCCCACAAGUUACACAAGUGCUGAAUAUAAAUGAAAUUCUCAAGCCAGAAAUAAGAUGCAGGGAAAAUGCAGUGCAAGAAACAGGUAUCUUGGGUAAUAGAGGCCAAAGCAACAUAUGCAACAGUAAAACUCAGGAUGUAUCACACAUUGCAUUUGGGUCAAAGAUCCUUGGGCCACCUCCAUCUUCAAACAGAAGAACCAAAGCAAAGGUACCUGGAAAGGUAACAAAGACCUUGGGUAGCAAAACAUCAUGCCAGCUUCAAAAUUCAGGAAUGCCAACUGAAUCCAUACCAGAUACUGAGAAACUGGAGCUACCACUCCGGCCAUGCAGUGAUACUUCAGAUCAAGGAGGCAAAAGAAAUACUCUCCAAACAACUGAAAAUGAAUACCAAAAUGACCCUGAAAUUCAGACUCAGGAAACAUCUGUGAGUGGAGAAGCAGAUUUUCAGCUCACCUCACCACAAGUACCAUCACCAGACAAAAACAUUCAUAGAAUAUUAUCUCUGAAAGAUGAAGCCAAACCUACAUGGAAGAUAACCAGUGAUAAAUGGGUGUUUCCAGAGAGGUUUACUGAGAGUAUCCAGUUGGAUAGGGAGGAGCACUUUGGAGCUACUGGAAGUUCAGCCUGCUCUAAUUUACCCUCAGCCCAGAAUGCCUCUGUUGAACAUCACAGCAGGGAAACAGUUGAUCAUCACAGGAGUAAUAAAGAGGUUUUCACAUUUUCAUCAAAACCUCGAUCAGCUCCUUAUGGAAAGUCUCCAAAUAUAUCACCAGAAAGUUAUGUUUUCCCUUUGAAAUUGGAGCCAGACAGUAAAGGAGAAUAUGAGAAUACCGAAACUGAAGACAGCUUUGAAGGAACUGACAGCAGUGAGGAGGAUGACAACAGUGAACUCAUCCAAGGUACUAUGAACAUUGAGAACAUCCACAGUAGACAAGGAACAUCUGAUUCAGCAGUUUUUAAAGAGAUCCCAUUAAAUAAGAUGUCACAGAGAAAUGAAUACUGGAAGAAUAAGGAACACGGCAAAUAUAACUUCAAAGAGGACGUCUUAUCAAAACCACAGAGUUCCACUAUGGGAAAAACAGAAUCUAUCAGCUUUCAGAGAAAUUUAAAGCCUAUCCUUUCUCUUUCUCCAAUUCAAAGUAGAUCCAAAUCCUUUAGAGUAAUUAGAAAUUUAUCUGAAGAAACUGAAAGAUAUGAAGGAGUUUCAGAUCAAUUAGAAAGAUCUGUCAGUAAAACAUCUCUCAAGAAAGUCUCUAAAGGAAAUUCAUGUCUGACAGCACAGACUUGUUGGAACAGCAACUUCACUAAACACCAUGGAUCAAGACUGCCAUUCGUUACAGUGCUUGUGGUAUUCUUCCUUCCUCUAAUUGAGUAUGACAGGAAAAAGUACCAGUCAAAUAGACUGAGUUCAUCUGAACUACAGAUGCUGGCCAGCAUGAAGAGCCAACAAAAAGAAUUAUGGGAUGCUGGAAUCUCCCAUGGGCUGAGCACCUCAAAGACCAAUUGCUGCAAUGUCAACAUAAGUAUAAGCAGUGAUGAUGAUACAGCAACCUGGAACUCUUGUUCCCCAUCACCCGUCAGUCAGGAGCAUCACUAUCAGAAAGAAAUGAGCCCACUUUCUCAUUCCAGCCCACGGGAUUGGUUAAAUGAGUCUAGUCCCCAUAUCAUUCCUGGAAGCCAACAACUAGAAGUGAACACUGAAUCUUCAACAAAACAGAGAACUCCAGAUACUCAGAAAAACCCUCUGUAAUGAAGUGAUCAUUUCUCCAAGAAAUAAGAGAGAAUGACAAAGCCAUUCCAUGACCUUCCCUCCCCAGAUAGGACAGUUUGGAUUUUCUCUGAACUACUGGACACCCAUCUCUAUGAAAGUAGCAGAGAAGCUGCAGUGCUGUGUGGUAAAGGCCUGUCAGAUGACAUCAUCCCCAUCAAACAUUAGAAUCUGGGUAUUUUCCUAGAUACCUUGGUUUAAGAAAUAUCCUGAUGGACCAUGGCAACUAGAUGGUUUGGAGUAUCCUUUUUGAGAGAGGUGCUAAAUAAAUUGUGUCCUGUGAUAUAUCUCAA